UAAUUUAAACAGUGCCUAUGACCGCCCCACUCUGCCAGCCAUCUUCACAGGCUGUUAUCGGUGUGAUAUAUCCUUCACAAAUUAAAACAUUUUUAAAUUGUGGAAACGCGCAUUGCAGGGAAGCCCACCACUUCUUGCAGCCACAAUUUGGUAAUUCUCUUAAAGUUCGAAGCUCGCAAACAAUUUAUCCUUGUUUUCGAUUCUCGUGGUUGCAGUUUGCUUCGGAUUCUCAAACCUCGUUCCAUUUGUUGUUGUUUUCUUGUUUCAUGACCGUUUGCUAAUCCUGUAUUAUCCUUAAAUUACGCGUUCUCUAUUGUGAAGAUAUCUUAAGUCGGAUCCUUACCUUGCAUAGUCGCUUUUAUGACUCCAAUUUAGUUUACUAAAUUUCUGGUUUUGCUACCUAAGUUCAAACCCAGCAACAUUGAUUUAUUCUGGAAGUUAAAAUCCUCAAAAAGGAAAAUAAACCAUACGCUCACCAGAUCACAGGUACAUAGUAAAGCUCACAUUCUUCUCCGGGAAGUCUGAAUCUUUUUUCUCCAAUCAAAGAUGCUUCGACUUUUACAGUCUUUUUUCCGCUCCUGCGUAGCUGUAUUGCUUCUGGUGACCUGCUCGGCCAUGGCCGAGUGGGUAACGUGCGCCGGGAUAGUUCCUAUGAGGAACAGGAGCAACAGGAUAUCGAUAGAAGACUUUGGUGGGGUUGGAGACGGUGAGACAUUGAACACAAAUGCAUUCUUAGAAGCAAUUUAUCAAAUUGAGCAUUUGAAUCGAGAAGGUGGCACACUUCUUUACAUUCCAGCCGGAGAGUAUCUAACUGGACCUUUCAAUCUUACAAGCCACAUGACUUUGUUCUUGGCUAAAGAUGCUGUCAUUAAAGCUUCUCAGGAUUCAACUAACUGGCCAUUGGUUCCCCCUUUGGCUUCAUACGGAAGGGGAAGAGAGCGGCCUGGUUGGAGGUAUAUAAGCUUUAUUCAUGGAGAUGGGCUCCAAGAUGUAAUUAUCACUGGUGAAAAUGGGACAAUUGAUGGUCAAGGAGAUGUCUGGUGGAACAUGUGGAGGCAAAGGACUCUUCAAUUCACAAGACCAAGCCUUGUUGAACUCAUGAACUCUAGAUCCAUAAUCAUCUCCAAUGUAAUCUUCAAGAAUUCCCCCUUUUGGAAUAUCCACCCGGUGUAUUGCAGCAAAGUUGUUGUGCGACAUGUCACCAUAAUAGCUCCCUCCGAUUCUCCUAAUACUGAUGGAAUUGAUCCUGAUUCAAGUUCUCAUAUCUGCAUAGAGGAUUCGUAUAUUUCCACUGGGGAUGACUUAGUUGCUGUGAAGAGCGGGUGGGAUGAGUAUGGCAUUGCUUAUGGUCGGCCUAGCCACAACAUUACCAUACGCAGGGUAACUGGGUCUUCCCCAUUUGCCGGAAUUGCAGUGGGAAGUGAAACCUCUGGAGGCGUAUUUGAUGUUUUGGCCGAGCAUAUAAACCUUUUCAGCAUGGGUGUGGGCAUCCACAUAAAAACUAACAUCGGUCGUGGAGGGAACAUAAGCAACAUUACCGUUUCCGAUGUGUACAUGCAAAACGCGCGAACAGGAAUAAAAAUCGCGGGUGAUGUCGGUGAUCACCCGGAUGACAAAUUCAACCCAAACGCUCUUCCCAUUGUUCAGGAUAUCAAAAUCAAGAACGUGUGGGGUGAACAUGUUCUGCAGCCUGGUUUAGUACACGGUAUACCAAAAUCUCCUUUCACUAAUAUCUGUUUAUCCAAUAUCAACUUUAAUGGUACCCAAACAUCACGCAAUCCUCCAUGGAAGUGCUCAUUUGCCAGUGGUUCUGCAACUCAAGUAAGCCCCUCGCCCUGUUCUGAACUCGCCAGCGACUAUCAAUCUGGAGCAUGCUUUACAGCCAUUUGAGUUUGGCUUAUUUAUUAUUCUUUUAUUUUUUCUGUACAAUUUAAUUGUCCAAUACAAUUACGAUAUGGUUAUGCUCUCUUUUUAGAAGAGUCCGAGAAAUGUGAUUGUACCUAGAGAUUUUAGCACUUGACAGGAAAAUUUUGUUGUCCAUUUUCAUUAGAACAAAGUAACUAUAUUUUGAUUAUAUACUACUUAUCAGCAGUUGGUGCAUUGCAUGU